AUGCAAGAAUAUAAUUCUAGAAGUGAAUCAGCUAUUAGUUUCGAAGAUAUUAGCGAAUUUGUCUACAAUUCUUUAAGAUCUUUAGAAGGAACUAAUGAACAGUAUGAAAUUUAUAAUGUUUUUAAUUUUCAAGACUUAAAUACUUCAUUUUACUAUAAUUCACUUGAAACUAACGAUGAAGACUUUUUACUCGAAAGUGAUGAUGAAAAAGAAGCUUCGGAUAAUGUUUUAAAUCAUUUAUAUGCACUUCUUACUUUGUUACAAAAUAAACAAAAUGCUGAUAUUUGGUUAAACUUAGUUCAUUCAAAUUUCAGGCCAUUAGAAAAUAUGGUUGAAAAUAUUAACAAACUUAAAGAUUAUGAAAUCGAUCCGAAAAAUCUUAAUAAAAUGCAAUGUAAUACGUAG